AUGCUUAAUCUGAGUUUCAAACGUGGGGAUGCUUCAUCUCAAUCGCAACAGACUGAACACAGGAUAUCUGGGUGGCAGCCCUCCUACCUUCGGCCACGGGUGUUGAUCAUAUUCGUGACCGUAUUCUGUGCAGUCAUAGCAGCUCUUGAAGCACUCAACCAUGUCUCCCAAGUUCACGGUGGAAUUGCCUCUUCAAACGAAAGCCACCACUAUCUCUGGACCUACGGACCCACUGCCAUAUUCACUGUUAUCGUUGCUUUCUGGUCGCGUGUUGAAUUUCAAGUGAAGCAAAGAGCGCCAUGGAAGUCGAUGGCUGAGAAACCCGUGGAGGCCAGGGAAUCCAUUCUCUUGGACUAUGUAUCCGAGAUACAGCUGGUGUCGAUGACCAAAGCCAUAAGAAACAAGCACUUUGAUGUGGCAGCUGGAGUUAUCUGUUCUAUGCUUCUGCGUCUCAUGGUCAUUUUCUCGACAGCUCUCUUUUCAUUGCAAACGGCUCAAGUGCGUCUAUCAUCGGUCCCAAUUCAACUCUCGUAUAUCUUCAGCGCAAAGGACCUCACUUUCAAUGCUCCCGGAGCCCAAGCAUUCGAUAUCCUCAAUCGCAUCCUGUUCGAGAACGGAACUUAUCCCGGAGGUACCAAUGAACACCUUGCCUUCCAACGAUUUUCAGCCCCAAGCCUUGCUCCAAAUGCCAUGCUUACUGUACCUGUGGAUGGUAUGAUGGCAGAUUUGGGCUGUGAAACUGCCAGCAUCGACAUAAAGAAGUGGGAUGUGACGAAUGUAGCUGGCCACGGCCACCAUUCAAGCACACGGGAAUCUAUUAAAUUGAUGACUCCAUCGUGCACAAUCUCUGACGUGGCUCUCAAUUCCACGUCGGGUGGUAUAAACCCCUACGUCGCGAGGUUCGCUUCUGCUCAAUGUGACGGUUCAAGUGCCGAGGAUGGUAUGCGGAUCGUGGUUACUUUGGCUGAGAUCAGUCUGGGCAGGCUGGCUCAGAAUAUAUCCACGUUAACCGAAAACGUCACAACGGCAGAGGUGAUAAUUCAUCGCUCGGUUCAGUUGAUCUGCAAUCCGACAUACUCGCUUGUAAAACUACAAGCUGAAACCAAUACCAGCCAAUCCUCGUCACCCGUUAAUCUGAGAAGAAUCGGAUCCCAACGUUCUGUCCUGCCAAAUCUGACCGCGUGGGAUAUUGCGAAGGCUGUCCUUUCGGAUUCUUCUUCCCACAACUCAUUCGCGAGACCGAAUAAUAACCACAACCUGUUCCAUGCCACCGAUGAUCUAUUCCAAAAUAAGACAUAUGUCGAUGUUGCCUUGCAACUUGGCGCGCAACUUGCAGGCAUCACUGGCAAUAUCGACAAGCUCUUUGAAAAUGGCGCACUUAACGACGCGGCUUCUUCCUACUAUAGCGCGAUGACUGCCCAGCUUAUGAACAAGGGAUUGACACAGCGAAACCAGUCAACAGCUGUCGGCCGCGCUAUUGUCAAUGAAAAUCGAAUUGUCAUGACACAGCUCUCACUUCGUGUCAUGGAGGUUUGCCUGAUACUCGAGAUCUUGCUAGCCGUUUCCAUGAUCUUUCUGGGGCCUCGCACGACUAUCGCACCUUGGAACCCGACUUCCAUUUCAGAUGUUGCCACCAUCAUGGCAAAAAGUAACGCAAUUGGUCAAUCGCUUCGCGGGACCGGUACGGCACAAUCAUAUGCGCUUCAUGAUAGUCUGGAAGGCCGGCACUACUAUUCGCAACUUACGCCUAAGGGCUUCUUGAUCAAGACAGAAGGUAAUGAUAGCAAAAGCCUCGACAACCAAGAGAGCCAGAAGCCGGCUUGGGCACCAUUUCCUGGUUUCAUUGCCCGGGGCGUGAUUUUCAUUGCAGUCGCUUUACUUAUUGCGGCCUUGGAGAUUACAUUGCAUGUCUCGCAGAAGAGCGAUGGUCUGGGAAAUGUAUCUUCGCACGAACAUCAUCAGCAUUAUCAGUGGACGAUUCUCCCCUCGCUAGUGGAGCUGCAGUCAAUAAAUUCGAUAGAAAGGACCACCCAAUUAAAGAAAUUGCAGAGACUUAGAGAAUGA